AUGUCUCGCCGCACAAAGAACAGUAUGUCUACGCUUUCAGAAGCUGAUGUUGAAAAUCUUGUGGCGGAAUUGCCCAGCACAGAUGAAGAUACAGAACAAGUUUGCCCAACAGAGAUGUCUGACUAUAAAAACGAGGACGAAAACCACAGAAGCGAGACUUGUGGCGAAACAAUCGAGCGAAAAUUAAGCGAGCACGUGGUUGAUGUUGCUGGUAAAGACGAAGUCAACAGGAAACAUUCAACUUGCGAGGAAUGUCAGAACCGCAAAGACGAAAUUACAGAAAUAAAAGCGAUUAUAAACGAAAUUAAAACUAACCAAAACGAAGACCGAGAAAAAUCAAUUUUUAAAGUGAUAGAAUCGGACGAAAGGAUAAAAUCCUUGCACGAGGAAAACUCCAAAAUGACGGAAGAGAUCAAAUGUCUUAAAGCUACAAUAUCCGAACUUUUCACUGACAAUGAGAACAUAAAAAAUAUUCUCGACGUCAAGCAGAAUGAAUGGCUGAAAAUAGCGGAAAACCCGAAUCCAUCAAAAUGUAGUAAAACUGCAACAACGCCGCCUACAACCUCAGUACAAAACCAGUUUGAACUGCUCAAUGAUGAAAAUUGUGAGAGCGGAAUAUCAUCGCCUGAAUUAGACUCAAACGAGCAAACGAACAC